CGAAAUUCAAGACGGUCAGAAAUAGCUGUCGCUGAGUUUGGACGGUCGCAGGGACAGACGCGGGAAUAUCUCAGUUUUGCCGGGAGAGCGUGUGGAAGACGAUAUUCAGGAAAUGGCGGUGAGACCUGGUUUGGUGAACAAACAGUUCAACUCCCCCAUCAGACUGUAUUCACCACAGAACGUGCAAGACACGCUCAACAAGCAGUCCCAGAUCCUUGCUAACGGCGCAGUAGGAAUCGAUUUCCACCAGCUGGCGAAGCCCGCCAACCUGUCCAACUCUGCCGUAUUGCGCAUGCUCGAGGAGGAAGAGGCGCGCGGCAGAGGACAAGGUAUAAAUAAAUCUUUCUACUCUUCGCCAUUUGAAUUAGAAGGCUUACAGGAUCAAAUCGAAAAGGAAAUUAAGGAAUUGGGCAAGAAACCGUUGAAGGAGCCUCCAGACUGGCCACCACCAAGUGGGAUACCUCAGCCUGUCAAAUGGGUGCUAGCUCCUGGACUGGUCAAGGUACAACCAGGACUAAAGAGGGUAACGUGGCCACCUCCACCUGAAGAGACUGAGUUUCUGGUAGACGAGCCCCAACCGGUUUACGCCCAGGCACCGGUAGCCCAACAGGCAACUCCAGCUCAGCCAAUUCAGAGUUUCCAGCGUCCGAGUUCAUCGCCAGUGUCAUUCACUCCUCCUCCGUCGACCAUCACACUCCGUGCGUCGCCACCUGUUAGCCAAGCUUCUAUCCCCGUGUACGCCAGCCAGCCCAUCACGGCGACCGUCAAGGGCGGAGCUCGCAGCCGGGGUGACCAGAAAUGGCCCCCGGAGACAGUCAAGCAGCAGGCAGAGGUAGAGAACCAAGCCAGGAUAGCCCUCGCUAAGGGUCCGGCUUUCAGACCUCGUAGGGUACAGAAAGACUAUUCUUCGUUCUUCGCACAGCAUGCCCUUAACAGUACAUACCCAGGCUAUAAGGCUCCUCCCGGCACACAACACUACAUCGAGGAGGGUACGUCCAAUCUUUAACGAGACUUCGAAUUUUCCCGUAUCGUUUUGUAAAUACAUCAAACUUGUAACAAUGACGUGGAAGGAAUUUUUUUCAAAAUUUAGAAUAUACGAUAGGAUUAAUGUGAUUACCGAGAACCUUUGGAAAGCCGAAGCGAAAUUAACAAUUACUGCACUAGAUAUGAAAUAAUUAGUAUUUCUUAGGUUUGCACGCAUCCAAGAUGAUUUUUUGCAAUUGCUUUAUAUAAUACAUACCUGCAGCAUGCUUACACAUAGGACUUUAGCUUUUCAAAAAAUAUACAUUUUGUGCAAAAAAAUGUUAUAGCAUCACUAAAACUUGAUAAGAGUAAAAUUUCAAUUUCAAAAGGCAUAUUAAAGACAUUCAUUAAAUAUUUAAUAAUAAAAGCUAGAUUGUGCUGCUGUUAAAGAAAACUUAAGUCCUUUACAAGUUUCCGUGUUAGACACACAAAUAAUAUUAGACUUGUACAUUUUAAAGUGAUAUUUUUGUACUUAUUUUUUGUAUCAUAGAAUUUAGAAAUACUACAAAAUCUCCAUACUCUACUACUUACAAAGUCCUUUGCAGCUUUGCUCAGUCAGCAUUAUAUAAUGAUGUUAUGUUUAUUUUUUCAUAUUCCCUAAUAAAGUCCUCAACCGUUGUAAGUUAAGCUUUCUUUAUUAGGUUGUGGAUGUUUCAAACCCCUAUGGUGUUCUCACUGUUACUUCUGUAAGCUAUUUAUAAUACUAUUGUUUAAUAAACAUAUUAAUAAUU